AUGCGAACCCACUCAUGGUUUUCAAGCUUUGUUGGACAAAGUGUUCGAAUGGGAUUAACACGAUUAACAGCUAAAUGGAAAGAAAUUCAUGUUCCCUUUCGAAAGGUGACGUUGAAAUUUGAUUUGACAGCACAUAGUGUAGAAUUACUGGCGACUUAUGUAUGUAUUUAUGCUAUUGAAUGUAUUUCAAGCGAAUGCUUUCAUGAUGGAAAUCAAUCUCUACGAUUAGUCAUAUAUAUUCAACCACUUCAAUAUAUUUACGACUUACGCAUUAUCAUCACUAGGAUCAAUACUAAAUAUGAAAUUUUUGCUAUGCUUGUAUGUGCAAUGGGUUAA